UCCUCUCCGCUCUGCUCCUCUCUCACAGCAGAGCCCGCGUGUGAUUUGACAGUCGCAUCUCUCCGUGCGUCCGCGAGCGCGCGUGUGUAUGUUUACGAUCGUCGUGCUCCACGUGCGGCGUGUUGAUGCGCUCCUCGCGCGCUGUCGGUAACAGAAACCAUGACCGGCGCGCCGCGCGAUCCCUUCUAUUCCUCUCCAUUCGGUCCGUUUUACCGGAGACACGCGCCCUACCCGGUGCAGCCAGAGUACCGGAUGCAUGAGCUCAACAAACGGCUCCAGUCCCGGCCCGAGGACUGUGACAUUCUCUGGUGGGAUUCAUUCUGUACUGAGUUCUUUGAAGAGGAUGCCACAUUAACACUUUCGUUUUGCUUGGAGGAAGGACCCAAGACGUACACCAUUGGCCGCACCCUCAUCCCUCGUUACUUCAGUUCUCUCUUUGAAGGCGGAGUCUAUGAGUUGUUUUUCGAGCUGAAACAAACAAAGGAGUCGUUUAACAACUCAACUAUUACUGUCGACUCUCAUCACUGUACUAUGACAACACAACACGGCAAACCAACGUUCACUAAGGUGUGUACUGAAGGUCGUCUUAUUCUUGUGUUCACCUUUGAUGACCUCAUGAGAAUCAAAACAUGGCACUUUACCAUCACACACUACAGUGAGCUCAUUCCUCGCAGUGUUUUGGCUGUUAAUGCACAAGACCCUGGAGCUGUCGAGCAACUGUCCAAAAACAUCAGUCGAGUGGGACUUACCAACCUCACACUGAACUACCUCAGAUUGUGUGUGAUUCUGGAGCCAAUGCAGGAGUUGAUGUCUAGGCAUAAGACAUACGGACUGAGUCCCAGAGACUGCUUAAAGACCUGCCUUUUUAAUCAGUGGCAGAGAUUGACAACACCACCAGUCGGACCCUCGCCCACCUUCAAGACAGAAGUAUUUCCCACUAAUCCCAAAAAAUCAGAACCAGCCAAACCAGCAGCAAAGAGACGGAGAAGGAGGAACUCAGCUGGUAGCGCAUCUAACAACGGCACAGGAAACAGCAAAAAGCGCAGCCCAGCCAAUAAUAAUAACUUCAGCCUGCCUUCACAGGAUGUGAUGAUGGUAGGGGAGCCCUCUCUUAUGGGAGGGGAGUUGGGUGACGUGGACGAGCGUUUGAUCACACGCCUUGAGAAUGAACAAUUUGACCCUGUCAACGGUCUCCAUGAUGACAGUCUCCAUGACUACACCAACUCACCGACACUUGGAAAUGGGAGCUCCUGGAAUGGGCAGCACCCUGGCAACCAGGACAGUAAGCCUGAUACCAUGGCAACGCAGCAGUUGGAGUAGUGUGAUCUGACAGUGGGUAGCUAUGGCAACAGUGCUGUCAAGGGAUGAGGGUAUUUUGAACUGUAGAGGAGAAAUUGCAGGCGAGAAGGUGUAUGUGUGAGUCCGUUUGAGUGUGUGUGUAUGCUCGGUUGUGUGCAUGCUUGCAUUCAUGUUGGCGUGUGACAUGGUAUUCCGUACUUCAAAUGAACAGCUUUAAUUGUUUUAAGUAUUCCAAAAAAAGGACAGCUAAUUGUUUUGGUGAUCAGGUGGGUAAAGACCCGGUGAUAGCCUUGUAUAUACAGAUCUAUCAAUUCAUUUCAUAUCAGAAUUUUUUCAGCCCUUUUUAAAGCUAAGUGGAUGUCUCAGCUUUGUUCAGUAAUGUACUGUUUGGUUUAGCUUCCAGUUAAUGACAAAACUCCCAUUGUGAACGCUAUAGCGUUUUUUAGCAUAAAGACAAAUAUCAUUAUUGCCCUUAAGUUGAAUGCUUAUUGUAAAACACCUGCAGGUUUGUGUUGUUAGUUGUGUAUUUUAUGUAUGGUUUUCAAAGAUUUGCAUUAAUAAAAUGUGUUUGGUUAUGA